CUGCAAAACAUGAAGACCGUUUAUUUAAGGAUUUAUUUGAAGACUACGAAAGGUGGGUUCGUCCUGUGGAACGCCUGAGUGACAAAAUAAAGAUCAAGUUUGGCCUUGCAAUAUCUCAGUUGGUGGACGUGGAUGAGAAAAACCAGCUAAUGACAACAAACGUCUGGUUGAAACAGGAAUGGAUAGAUGUAAAAUUAAGAUGGAAUCCUGAUGACUAUGGUGGAAUAAAAAUUAUACGCGUCCCAUCAGACUCUCUGUGGAUCCCAGACAUCGUUUUGUUUGACAAUGCAGAUGGACGUUUUGAAGGGGCCAGCACGAAGACGAUUGUCAAGUACAAUGGCACCGUCACCUGGACACAACCAGCAAACUACAAAAGUUCCUGUACUAUCGAUGUCACGUUUUUCCCAUUCGAUCUCCAGAAUUGUUCCAUGAAAUUCGGCUCUUGGACGUAUGAUGGAUCCCAGGUUGAUAUAAUCCUAGAGGACCAAAAUGUAGACAGAACCGACUUUUUUGACAACGGAGAAUGGGAAAUCAUGAGUGCCGUGGGGAUCAAAGGGAACAGAACGGACAGCUGCUGUUGGUACCCUUACGUCACGUACUCUUUUGUGAUUAAGCGGCUGCCUCUCUUCUAUACCUUAUUUCUCAUUAUCCCCUGCAUUGGGCUCUCAUUUCUGACUGUGGUCGUCUUCUAUCUCCCGUCAAACGAAGGUGAAAAGAUCAGCCUGUGCACGUCAGUGCUCGUCUCUCUGACCGUCUUCCUUCUGGUUAUUGAAGAGAUCAUACCCUCGUCGUCCAAAGUCAUACCUCUGAUUGGGGAGUACUUGGUGUUUACCAUGAUUUUUGUGACACUCUCCAUUAUGGUGACUGUCUUUGCCAUCAACAUCCACCACCGCUCUUCCUCAACACACAAUGCUAUGGCACCGUGGGUCCGUAAGAUAUUUCUUCACAAGCUCCCCAAACUGCUCUGCAUGAGAAGUCAUGUCGACAGGUACUUCACUCAGAGGGAAGAAACCGAGGAUGGCAGUGGACCGAAGUCUAGGAACACCUUGGAAGCUGCGCUCGGCUGCAUCCGCUACAUCACGAGACAUGUCAGGAAGGAGAACGACGUCCGAGAGGUUGUUGAAGACUGGAAAUUCAUAGCACAAGUUCUUGACCGGAUGUUUCUGUGGACUUUUCUUCUGGUUUCGGUCAUUGGGACUCUGGGGCUUUUUGUUCCUGUUAUUUAUAAAUGGGCCAAUAUCAUAGUCCCGGUUCACAUCGGAAAUACAAUUAAGUGAAGCCAAGAAAUUACUAUGGGUUUAGUGAGCAACCACACAUCUCUUAGGACAUGUAUACAGUUAUGAAAAUGUGAAAUUAUUUUCAAUUUGAUAUAGGCUGUAACAGAUUAGUAAUUUCUAACCUGGCUUAAUAUUGUCCAUUAGAACUGAAGUAAUAACUGCAGGUAGCAACAGAACAUUGUCCAGCUGCACUGGUGAACGCCUACUAAUGUGGAAUCCAUGCAGAAGUUCCUCUUUGGAGGUUGGCAAAUACAGUUAUAGUUGAAGACUGUUUAGAACUUUUUCCAAAUUUAGUAAAAGCUUAUAAUUGUGUGGUUUUGUAUUUUCAGAAUGGGCCUUCUUAAAUUAUCCAGGCUGGCCUCAAACUCCUGGACUCCAGUGAACCUCCUGUCUCAGCAUCCUGAGUAGCCGGGACUAUGGGUGUGGUCCACCCUGCCCAACUCAUAUAUAUAUUUUAAAAUUCUAUCUGUUCUGUAUUCAUGGAUGUGUGAUACAUAAUACUUCUAUAUGAAUUAAGCCAAUUACUUGGUUUAAUAAUGGCUUAAUGUCUUAGUUAAUAUUGCUGUGAAGAGACACCAUGACC